AUCCAGUGUUCCUGUAUUUUCCGGGUGACUCCUCAUGUACCGACCAUUUUUAUUCACAGUGACUGGAGUUUUGGAUUUACCCUUUGAAUACUUUAACUUCAGAGCUCAUUUUUUAAAAUAAUCAAUGGAACUGGACUGUUUGUAUUGGAGUCUAUCGAGCAUUUUAACUUCUCAACACCUCAAGGCUUUAAUACUAUUGCUGAUAAUAAUGAAAGUUAUUUUACCAGUGAUUAAGUGAUUUACCAGUGGUUGUUCUUGAAUUUCACACCCCUUGAUUUGGAACAGCAGUUAUGUUGAGGCGGGGCCGAGGAUAUCGCUCUCUGUCUCUCACCCACAAUGAGGAAACAAUCUUCACAGUUGGAACAUCUGUCACAAUGCUGCAGGCUGCACUUUUCUGGCUUUUGUUGCUUCAAGUCCAGUCCAGUGUUCCUCCUGUGUUCGUCCAGAGAGGCAAAGACGUACUUCUGGAUGUCGACAAUGUGACUGAAGACUUUAAUUUAUUUGUAUGGAAAUUUGAGAAAGAGAAUUCGAUUUUAGUCACGUUUUAUCCUGGCGGCAAUUCAAAAAUCUCUAAAGCUUACACUGGAAGGAUUGAUCACCCUGACAACAAGAAAUACUCUGUGAUACUGAAGAACCUACAAGAGACAGACAGUAGAGUUUAUACUGGACGACUGACAACAGACGAUGGCGACUCCACAUUAGUCCAACACAACAUCAUAGUUCAGGAUGUUGUGUCUCCCGUCCAGCUGGAGGUGAACUCUGUAUCAAACAGCUCACACUCCUGUAACGUCACUCUGACCUGCAGCACGGCCGACUCUCACAUCAGCAGCACUUUCAGAUGUAUCGAUCAAAAAUGUGAUCAGGAUGGAGGGAAUCAAUCAGAGAUCACAAACUCCAGUUCUACUCUGCAAGUCUACUUGUGGAAUGUUACAGUGAUCUGUAAACACAGAAACCAGGUCAGCUCGACUGAGGACAGGACGGAUUUUCAACAUGUCUGCUCCCAACUGACCGAUGCUGAACAGAACAGGAAUCAUGAGAACACUGGGAUUGCUGUUGGAGUUUCUGUGCCUCUUUACAUCGUAGCUGCUGUUGGAUUUUUGGGAGCUUAUUUGUAUCGUAAGAGAACUGCAGAUCAUGGUGUGACUCAAGAUAACACAGUCUACGCAGUUCCAAUGGUUGAAACUCCAGAAAGUCCAGCUGCGGCUCCAGAUACUGAUGAGACUUCAGGUCUUUCUCCAGUUUCCACCUACAGUGAGGUGGGGCCUCACAGCGGGUCGUCAGCUGCUGCUGAGACCAACGGCAAGCCUGUUAUUGAGAGUGUGUAUGCACAGGUACAGAAGCAUCCUGGACCAUGAAAAAUCUUCUAUAGAUAUAUUAGAUUUUUAUGAGUUGAGGGCAAACCACAUUAACCCCACAUGCACACUUCAUGUUCAGUUUUAAUGCACCACAGUUGGGGAUUUAUAGAGCAGUGGGGGGUUGGCAGCUGGAGGAGUGGGCGGACCCCCCCCCCCCCCCCCCCCCCCCCUCCAGGUGGGCCCCUCCCCCCUCUGAUCUUGCAGGAGACUCAGGAGCUUGUCCUUGCCUCCUCCUGUCCCCUGAGUUCAGGAGAUUUUGAAAAUCUUCCUUCCACCUGAGGAUGAGGUUAGAGGAUGUCCUUCCUCGCUGAGCACAGCUCAGAUCAGGUGAAACAACGACACAGUCGAUGUUUGUUUUGGAUGAUGCAUGUGAAGGACAGAAGUCUAACAACAACUCGCUGCUUGGCUUCAGAUCGGUCCGGCCAUUCCUCCUCAUCACCCCCUCCCUGGUUCCGCAGUCGUUCGCAGAAGUUUUGUAUCUGCUGGGAAACAUUGAUGGUUGUUUUUUUUUCUUUUUACUGUGCAAGAGUCCAUAUCAGGAAACUUCUACAUCUCAGCCGUUUCUCUUCCUGUAUCUAACUUAGAGUAUAGAGAAGUGAAGUUGGACAUUGAGGGGGGUGGAGCUUGUGUCAGCUUUCCGGAAUAUAAGAGAAGUUUAAAACCACUCCCCUUCACUCUUCUCACAGUAACAGAAAGAAACACCGUGUGCUGAAGCUGUCCCACAUCUUAUCUGAUAAAAUAUGCACUGUGUAGAAAUUCAAACAUCAAGUUUUGAACAUGCAGAAUAUGUUGUUUGAAUUUUAAUAUACAACAUUUCAACACAAAGGCAGCAUGAUUGUUACAUUUUGGCCUGGCAUUAACAACUGUUCAAAAAAAGGUGUGAAUUAUUCUCUAAUAACAGAGAGUUAAUUUGACAGCAGAUGUCUUCAAAAAAUGUUUUGUCAACUUAGUUUUUUUACAUAAUUAUUUUGGAACUGCUUGUUAUUUUUUAGUGAAUGUGAUUCUGAGUUUUUGUUUAUUUCCUGCGUGUUUCUGCAGACGUGUCAUGCUGUAGUUAUGCAACGGGCUCCGUUAUCGAAACAGACGAUACAAGGCUUUAACCAAUAAGAACACAAGUUUAACAACAACUUAUAAAUCUAACAUUUAUCCAUCAGGGUCUCUGUGACUGAAACAGAUAAAACCUCCACCAACCUUAGAGAAAAUUAAAGCCGCAAGCGGCAUUGGACGGGACCGAGCCCUCUGGCAAGGUGGCCUGACUGAGGUCGUCCUUGUACAUUGAUGACCGAAGUCCAGGUCACUGGGAACCUUGCUCCUCCAUAGA